AGUACUUAAUCCAUCGCCCAUAACAUUUAGAGCAAAUCAAAACAUACCAAGUGAAACCAACUAGCAACGUCCUUGCAACAAUGGCUACCAAACUAUUUGCCCUCCUUGCGCUCCUUGCUCUUUCAGUGAGCGCUACAACUGCGGUUAUUAUUCCGCAGUGCUCAUUUGCUCCUAAUGCUAUUACUCCACAGUUCCUCCCAUCAGUUACUCCUUUUGGGUACGAACACCCAGCUGUGCAGGCCUACAGGCUACAGCAGGCACUUGCGGCGAGCAUCUUACAACAACCAAUUGCCCAAUUGCAAGAGCAAUCCUCAGCGCAUCUAACCGUACAGACCAUCGCAGCACAGCAGCAGCAGCAACAACUCUUCCAGCCAGCAUUCAGUCCACUAGCCAUGGCAAACCCUACUGCCUACUUGCAACAGCAGCUGCUUGCAUCCAACCCACUUGUUCUGGCUAAUGCUGCUGCAUACCAGCAACAACAACAGCUGCAACAGGUUCUAUCAGGGCUCACUCAACUAGCCGUGGUGAACUCUGCCGCCUACCUGCAACAACAACAGCUACUUGCAUCCAACCCACCAGCUGCGGUCAAUGCCGCUAUAUACCUACAACAACAACAGCUUCAACAGAUCCUACCAGCGCUCAGUCAACUAACCAUGGCGAACCCUGUCGCCUACUUGCAACAGCAACAGCCGCUUUCAUUCAACCAACUCACUGUGGCGAACACCGCCGCAUACCUGCAACAACAACAGUUGCUUCCAGUUAACCCACUGGUAGUUGCUAAUCCAUUGGUUGCCGCAUUCUUGCAGCAGCAACAAUCGUCGCCAUUCAACCAGAUAUCUUUGAUUAACCCUGCCUUACCGUGGCAGCAACCCAUCAUUGGAGGUGGCAUCUUCUAGAUUAUAUAUGAGUUGUUGUACUCGAUCGCAAAGCUCUCAUACCGGCAUGGACAACUUUCCUAAAAUAAUCAAUAUAUUGGUUGAGAUUUAUCUAA